UUCAACAUCAAUCAUAAAACAUAAAUCCACAGCGGAAAGUUGUGGAUCUUUCUGUGUACAGCACUUUAAGCUCUUCACUAUGCAUAUCUUGCUGUUGAGGGUGCUGAGUAUAAUUGUCCACUAUGCACUAUGCUGUUUUCCACUUUUAAGCAAAUUUCUUAUCUCUCCGCAAGGUUCUGCUUUAAUCCCUGACAGUUUUGGCUUUAUGUACAGAAUUUAAUUAAAUGCUUUUUGGAAAUCAUUGCACAUGACAAUACAGACUUUUCAAAUUACAAAGCACAUGUUGACAUAUGUCCUCUUGCACCUUUAAAGAAAACUAAGUUUGAAUUCUAAUGUAAUGAUUGCCAAAUCCUUUUCCAGUAAACUGGGUGUAGUGAAUUGACUCAGUGCCAGGCAUUGAAACAAUUCUGUCCUGCCUCACCGCAUUCCUCAGAGUUAACACAACUGUGCAGGUUAUUUACUUUCCAUAUGUUUGUUCCUCUUGUCAGAUGAUACCUUCUGGGCUGCUGGUCACUGAGGCACAAGGGGACUAUUCAACAAUUGGGCAAGUACAGAGAACAGCCACAAGAUUAAUUCCCUAAUUUCAGAGUCUAGUCUUUAAGGAAGUCCUGGAGAAAUUUGGGGAGUGAAAUUGGCCUUGGACUGGCAAAAUGAACAGUGGCGCUGUGAAAAAUGGAAACUGUCCAUCAGGCUCUAUAACGUUAUGUCGUAAACAUGAAGGUGACUGGUUCUGAGCAAGACCAGGUGGUAUUUUCUUUUGGAUUGUGGUUCUGUAUCUGUGUGGCUUUGGUGAGAAGCAGUAACCACACACUCAUCUUUCAAAAAGAAAGCAACUUCCGCAAUUGCAGCUGCUUCUCCAGCAUACCAGACUGUGGGUUUGCUCUUGCCAACAUCGCAUGCAACUGUAAGACUGUCUCGUCUCAAGAAAUUGAUAAAUCCAGCCCAACCUUCAGCUAUGGCAGUGAAUUAGUUGUGUGGGUGUCAGAUACAGCUACAGUGGGGCUAUUGCUGAACUACUCAUCAGUUCCAAACCUCAGGCUGUCUUUGUGCAGUCCUAAUGCCGUACUUACUGAAUAUCUUGUUAUCUUUGGCCUGAAAAAGCUAUGGGUGGCAAAUCCUAAGGCAAAUGCCUAUCCGCUGCAAAAUAUAACGAUAUACAGCACGGGUGGCACAGCUGUCAAGUCAUCCUUGCAGAAUGGCACAGGAUUCUCAUUUUAUAUUUCAUUCUUAAACAUGGCUCUGUUAAAUGGAGAUUCUAAGUUAAAAGCGUACUCCGUGCCUAAUGUCACAAACAUUGCAGAAUAUUUUCCAGAUCUUCAUUAUGACGCCACUUCUCUGCCUUCGGACGCUAACAGUUCUUUUGUUACUUUCAUCUACGUUUAGGAGCUGUGCAGUAAACUUGUUUUUGGACAGUCAACAAAGUACAACAUAGAUGCUGAGUUUGCGAAUUUUUUUUGUCCAAGCAUUUUGGGGAAUUUUAAAGCACAAAUGUUCCUGUAUUGUUCCUUCCUGUAGCUUGUAUUUCUUCUUAAUGCUAUUUUUGUGCAGAAGCUUCAAAUAUAGACAAGGAAGAACUCAUGGCAAACAUCUACAAUCAACUGACUCCACUGUAAAUUUUAGGUUAGGAAUAUAACUUUGAAGAUAAUGUUAGACCAUGAUAGUAACUAUCAAGGUUUAAUUUAAUAAAAUAUAACAUUAUGAAAUUAAGGAUAUUUUUUCAAUUUAAUAUGCCUAAAAUGAUAUUAACAGCAAUAUAUGUAACACUGACGUGACUGUAAUCAGGUUUGGGAGAUUUCUGUGUUGCUCUGUACCUUAUUAGUAUUGAGGUUUUUCAGAUAAGUGAUCCCACUUUAAUGUAAGAUGCAAAAGACUAUUAACAGCAUAUUUUGGCUAUACGUUUAUUUAAGCUGACACAUGUUCCCAGAUCACAGAAUUCACAGAAUGAGAUCAUUCCUUCUAAGCUAUGACAUAUAAGUAUAAAGAAUACCCCCAUUCACUGCACUUUGCAAAAGGAAUUUGAUUUUAAUGCAGAGCAACUGUUCCACUGAUGUAGAGAGGGAGCAGGAAUCAGGAAAUCUGGGAUAGAUGACCAGGAAAUCUGGAGUCUGAGAAGAGAAUAAGUAACUUAGGAGGCACUGAGAAAUAAACAGCAUUGAAGAAUCUAAAACAUAAACAUCAGGAUUGGAUUAGUGGCAAAUGCACUCCCCUGAAUAAGACUAUUUGCGUAAUUAUUUGCACAUAAGAUUACCCACUAUUUUCAACACUUAAAUUGCUGUCUUCUACACAAACACCUACUGUGUUUUUUCACUGUUGACAACACUAGGUUUUACACAGACAAUAUAGUUUGGAGACAGUGUAGUGAAGACCUGACAUUGGAAUUCUAAUGACUUGUCCAGUAGUUUUAACUUAUAUGUUAAUAUGUCAUUUUAACAAGAUAAUUUUAACUUCAACCUGACUUUACAUGUCAAGAAAUAACUUUAUUGAAUAAUGCAUAUUUCAUGGUUUCACAAUGUCUCGAAGUGCUACAUAACCAGCAAUGUAUUUUCGAAGAGUAGUCACUUGUAAUUUAAGAAACUGUUUGCCCGCAGCAAGGGUUCACACAUGGCAAUGAAUUAAAUCUCAAAUAAUCUGUUUUACUGCUUUUAGUUGAGGUAUAAAUAUUGACCAGGUUUUGCAUCUAGCAAAAUUGCUUUGAGACAGGAACACACUGCAACUUUUAAGUGUUGCUACUGCCAGUCCUGUCUCGCAGCCUGAUCCUGCAAGUCCAGGCAGGUUCUGUCUAUGUUUUCCAAUUUAAGAUCGUUAAAAAGGCAAUUAAAAUAGCUAUUGCUGAUACUACUGCUGAACGCUUAACAUGAGUAUUUUUAACUUAUAUCACUGCACGGAUCAGAAAUCCAUUUGAUACCUCACAUGAUUUUCUUUUGCAGAUUUUGAUUUCAGGACACUGCCAAUUCCUUGCAAACUUGUUUCAGCUGAUAAAAUUACCUGCUUUGUGAAGGUAUAUUAUUCCUCUGUCCGUUAUUCCAAUGCACAAUUCAUUUAUGUUAAUAAAAUAUGAUCUGAAAGAAUAUCAUAAUAAACUUUCGUUUGCUAAUACCAGUAAUUGUAAU